AUGCCCAUCCCUGCCUCCCAGACUCAACUGCCUCUGCCUUCCUUGCUGCUACUUCUGCUGUUGGGACUCACAGGAGUAGCAGGUGAGGGACCACAUGUGAGUCAACCUGAGAAGCUGGUGUCUGUCGCAGCUGGAGAAGCAGUCACUCUGCCCUGCUCUGUCUCUGCUCUGGUACCCGUGGGACCCAUCCAGUGGUUCAAGGGGACUGGGCCAGAUCGGCAGUUAAUCUACAGUUUCAAAGGAGUCCUAGACCCCAUUCGCUUCUUCCCCCGGGUGAGAAAUGUUACUGACACCACACAAAGAAGCAACAUGGACUUUUCCAUCCGCAUCAUGGACACAUCAACAAAGGAUUCUGACACCUACUACUGUGUGAAGUUCGUGAAGGGGAGCCCUGAUGACGUGGAGUUUAAGUCUGGUCCAGGCACCUUGGUGGUUGUGAAUGAGAUUUCCGGCCCCUCCAACAGGGCCAGCCCAGGCCAGGUAGUGAAUCUCACCUGCACGUCAGUCGGCUUCUUUCCCAGAAACAUCCAUCUGAAAUGGCUUGAAAAUGGCAUGGAGCUUCCAGCCCUUCAGACCCUCAUCCUCCCACAUGGAAAUGCCUCCUCCUACACUGUCAUCAGCACCGCCCUGGUGACCCUCACCAUCUCCUCACUCUCGUCCCAGGUCACCUGCCAAGUGGCUCACAGUGAAUUGCAGAGCCCGCUCCAUGGGCAUGUGGACAUGUCCCAAUUCCUCCAAGAUGGCACGUUCAGCCAAAACAGCCAUCUCCUGGUCAACACCUCAGAAUGGGAAGAGAAGAGGCCUUUCACCUGCCAGGUGUGGCACAAUGCCCAGCCACCGGUCCAGGCCAGUGUUCCACUGAGCGAGCUUAGAAAUGAAAAGCAAGCAAGUAUGGGCACCAGAUUAUCCAGCUCCCUCUAUGGGACACUCCUCCUCCUUGUCUGGAAGCUGGUUCCCCUGAUUGCACUUUCCACCCUCUAUAUCCUCAGGAGGAACCUCCGUUCCAGCUUCAGCUUCAACAUCCCAUCCCCAGAUUCCGAUGCUGAGAGCCCUGGGGCUACCUUGCCCUCCUUCAACCUCAUCUCCCCCUUAAAGCAGGGCCAGUACUGGUGUGAGGCAAGCAAGGAUUUUUGA